AUGGAGGUAGAAUACAGAGAGAUGGAUGAAAGUUUGGCCAACCUCUCAGAAGAUGAGUAUUAUUCAGAAGAAGAGAGAAAUGCCAAAGCAGAGAAGGAAAAGAAGCUACCACCACCGCCUCCUCAAGCCCCACCUGAGGAAGAAAAUGAAAGUGAACCUGAAGAGCCAUCUGGGCAAGCAGGAGGACUUCAAGACGACAGUUCUGGAGGGUAUGGAGACGGCCAAGCAUCAGGUGUGGAAGGCGCGGCUUUCCAGAGCCGGCUUCCUCACGACAGGAUGACUUCUCAAGAAGCAGCGUGUUUCCCAGACAUCAUCAGUGGGCCUCAGCAGACCCAGAAGGUUUUCCUGUUCAUCAGAAAUCGCACAUUGCAGUUGUGGUUGGAUAACCCAAAGAUACAGCUGACAUUUGAGGCUACUCUUCAACAAUUAGAAGCUCCUUAUAACAGCGAUACUGUACUUGUCCACCGAGUUCACAGCUACUUAGAACGUCAUGGUCUCAUCAACUUUGGCAUCUAUAAGAGGAUAAAACCCCUCCCAACUAAAAAGACGGGCAAGGUAAUUAUUAUAGGCUCUGGGGUUUCCGGCUUGGCAGCAGCUCGACAACUGCAAAGUUUUGGAAUGGAUGUCACACUUCUGGAAGCCAGGGAUCGUGUUGGAGGUCGAGUUGCUACAUUUCGGAAAGGAAAUUAUGUAGCUGAUCUUGGAGCCAUGGUAGUAACAGGUCUUGGUGGGAAUCCCAUGGCUGUAGUCAGCAAGCAAGUAAAUAUGGAACUAGCAAAGAUCAAGCAAAAAUGUCCACUUUAUGAAGCCAAUGGACAAGCUGUUCCUAAAGAGAAAGAUGAAAUGGUAGAGCAAGAAUUUAACCGGUUGCUAGAAGCCACUUCUUACCUUAGCCAUCAGCUAGACUUCAAUGUCCUCAAUAAUAAACCUGUGUCCCUGGGCCAGGCACUGGAAGUUGUUAUUCAGUUACAAGAAAAGCAUGUCAAAGAUGAGCAGAUUGAACACUGGAAGAAGAUAGUAAAGACUCAGGAAGAGCUGAAAGAACUUCUGAAUAAGAUGGUAAAUUUGAAAGAGAAAAUUAAAGAGCUCCAUCAGCAAUAUAAAGAAGCAUCUGAAGUAAAGCCACCAAGAGAUAUCACUGCUGAGUUCCUAGUGAAAAGCAAGCACCGGGACCUGACUGCUCUGUGCAAGGAAUAUGAUGAAUUAGCUGAAACACAAGGAAAACUAGAAGAAAAACUUCAAGAAUUAGAAGCCAAUCCUCCAAGUGAUGUGUAUCUCUCAUCAAGAGACAGACAAAUACUUGAUUGGCAUUUUGCAAAUCUUGAAUUUGCUAAUGCCACACCUCUUUCUACCCUGUCCCUCAAACAUUGGGAUCAGGACGAUGACUUUGAAUUUACUGGCAGCCACCUGACAGUGAGGAAUGGGUACUCGUGUGUGCCUGUGGCUUUGGCUGAAGGCCUAGAUAUUAAGCUGAAUACAGCAGUUCGACAGGUCCGCUACACCGCUUCAGGAUGUGAAGUGAUCGCUGUGAAUACGCGCUCCACCAGUCAGACCUUUAUUUAUAAGUGUGAUGCGGUUCUCUGUACCCUCCCCCUGGGUGUGUUGAAGCAGCAGCCACCAGCUGUACAGUUUGUGCCACCUCUUCCUGAGUGGAAAACAUCUGCAGUCCAAAGGAUGGGAUUUGGCAACCUGAACAAGGUGGUGCUGUGUUUUGACCGGGUGUUCUGGGACCCAAGUGUUAAUCUGUUCGGGCAUGUUGGCAGCACAACUGCCAGCCGGGGCGAGCUCUUUCUCUUCUGGAACUUGUACAAAGCUCCCAUCCUGUUAGCCCUGGUGGCAGGAGAAGCUGCUGGCAUCAUGGAGAACAUAAGCGAUGAUGUGAUCGUUGGCCGGUGCCUGGCCAUUCUCAAAGGGAUUUUUGGUAGCAGUGCCGUGCCCCAGCCCAAGGAAACUGUGGUGUCUCGUUGGCGUGCUGAUCCCUGGGCCCGGGGCUCCUAUUCUUAUGUAGCUGCAGGAUCAUCUGGAAAUGACUAUGAUUUAAUGGCUCAGCCAAUCACUCCUGGCCCCUCAAUUCCAGGUGCCCCACAGCCAAUCCCUCGACUCUUCUUUGCGGGGGAACAUACGAUCCGGAACUACCCAGCCACAGUCCAUGGUGCUCUCCUGAGUGGGCUUCGAGAAGCAGGAAGGAUUGCAGACCAGUUUCUGGGAGCCAUGUAUACCCUGCCUCGCCAGGCCACUCCAGGUGUCCCUGCACAGCAGUCCCCUAACAUGUGAGACAAGUGAAUUGGAGAAGGCCAGUGUGUGUUUUGCCAUGUAAGCAAAGCUCUUAGCAAUACUAGAUCCCACCGAGAAACUGCCCGCCAGACCUGGGACCUGGGGCUCACCCGCAGCUGACAAGCUCCUGACUUGGUAAUCAGGGCUGGCUCCUUUGAUUUGACAGCACGGAAGAACUUGUCCAUUCAUUUGGAAUUGUGUUCAUAAAGAUGGAGACGAGCAAAUUCUUUGGGAUGUCUUAGUCUCCUGAUGUUUGGUUGGUGGCUCUGUUUUUGUUUUUUUUAAUAUAUAUUUUGAGAAUAAAACUUCAUAUAAAAGUU